CCGAGCAGCUGACAGCAACAUGGCGGCGGCGGCCGGGCGGCGUGGCGGGGGCUUGGGGCGGCCCCCCGCGCCCGUGAGGGACGUGCCGCCCGCCGGGGAGCUGGUGCGGCCCUCGGUGACAGAGCUGUCCCAAGUGCGGACCAACAUCCUGUGCACCGUGCCCGGCUGCGGGAAGGUGCUGCCCAACAGCCCGGCCCUCAACAUGCACCUCAGCAAGGCGCACCCGCUCCAGGACGGAAAACUUAAUGCACCAAUAAGGAAGGGUUUGAAAACUUCACAGAAAUUCUACUGCUGUCCUAUUGAAGGCUGCCCUAGAGGACCAAACAGACCAUUUUCCCAAUUUUCUCUUGUAAAACAGCACUUUAUGAAAAUGCAUGCUGAAAAGAAGCACAAAUGUGAUAAAUGUAGUAACUCCUAUGGCACAGAAUGGUAUUUGAAACGGCAUAUAGAGGUCUGUGGCAAGACUUUCCAGUGUACUUGUGGGUGCCCUUAUGCCAGCAGAACAGCAUUACUGUCUCACAUUUACAGAACUGGCCAUGAAAUCCCUGCAGAACACAGGGAUCCUCCUAGUAAGAAAAGGAAAAUGGAGUCCUCCGUUCAUAAUCAGCAGUUGGCAGAGAAGGCAAAUGAAGCAUUCAGCAAUACACACAGUACUGCUCCUGGCACUCAGGAAUUGGAGUCCUCUGAAGUGAAAGUAGCAGCCUCUCUUGAAGGCUCCUGCAGUUCUAACUUCACAAACCAAAUGCAGCCAAAAUGUGCGCCAAAGAUGCUUUUACCCAAGCCCAAGGUGGCUUUGGUUAAACUUCCAGUGAUGCAGGUUGCUCACUUGCCUGUAUAUGUAUCUGCAACAGACUCUUCUGUCAAACCUGCUGUAGUGGCUGUUGAUAAUCAAGGUUCAGUUGUAAGUACUGUUCAUUUAUUGCCUCAGUCUAUAGGAAUCCUGAUUCCAGCCCUGGAGGCAGAAACACUUGUAUUUAAAGACAGUAUGCCUGUUUCAAAGGUGACAACUUCUGGUGAUCGUGAACCAGUAAGUACUGGUGUACAAGUUGAAUUGGACAAGGUGACAUCAAAUAACCCAGGACAAGAGCUGGGGAAUGUUUGUCACAAGAACAAAAUUUCUUCGAUAAAUAUACAGACUGACUUAUCUUACAUCUCACAGAGCUUUGUACCAGCUGCAGCCUGGACUCCCAAUUCUUCUGUGUCCUCUUGUUCUCAGACAGAUCUGUCAUUCAGUUCCCAGGUUUCGUUGCCCAUCAGUGUACAGACACAGACACUGCUGCCUGCUUCCAAACUGACUUCAUCCAUAGCUGCUCAGACUGAUGCUUUCAGUCAGGGCUGUUUUCCAACGUGUGGCAUUUCCAGAGAGACUCAAACCAGCAGGACACAGGACUGUAUUGAUGGAAGAGUACAGAUGGACCAGGCUGUAAUGUGCAGUGACAUUUUUGACAAUGUUCCUUCAUCAUAUAAUGUUUCUACUGACAUUGAGCUUCCAGAAAAUAAUUUAAUGCCUGCAAAUAUAGAUCAAACCUUGCUGCAAAGAAGUAGUUGCAAGAGCCUGAAUCAGGAUACGGUUAAGUCUGAAUCCCUUAUCAGCUUCAAUACACAGACUAACAUACUUCCACCUCAAAAUACAACAGAUAAUCAAACCCAGACAAUGGACCUGCUAAGUGAUCUGGAAAACAUUUUUUCAGGAAACAUGUCUGGCCAGACACUGGAUAAUCGUGGCCUUUUGUCUGAGACGAGUUCUAAUGCUGACACACAUCUUCCAUCUGCUCCAUCACAGAGCACAGGGAUAGACUUCGACAUCGAAGAGUUCUUUUCAGCAUCCAACAUCCAAACUCAGACUGAAGAGAGUGAGCUUGGUACCCUGAACUCUGAGCCAGUUUUGGAGUCACUGGACAUUGAAACUCAGACUGAUUUCUUAUUUUCAGAUAGUGCCACUCAAUCAUAUAGCUGCCGAGGCAGUUCUAACUUCUUAGGUUUGGAGAUGUUUGAUACACAGACACAGACAGACUUGAAUUUCUUUUUGGACAGUACUACCCAUCUGCCUUUAGGAAGUAUUCUGAAACAGUCCAGUUUCUCGAUGAGCACUGACUCAUCUGAUACAGAAACCCAGACAGAAGUAUAUAUGGCUGCUAAAAAUACACCUGCUCAGAAUAUUGAAAGCAAAGUCCAGCUCAGUAGUGCUGAGACCCAGACUAUGGAUAGCUGCUUUGAGAAUCUGGGGAGUUUAUUCCUUACCAGCAAUGAAACACAGACAGCAAUGGAUGACUUCCUUCUGGCUGACUUAGCCUGGAAUACAAUGGAGUCCCAGUUCAGUUCAGUAGAAACACAGACCUGUGAAGAGCUGUGCUCCUUGUUCCAGAGCUCUGACAAGCCCAGCCACUGAGUGCUACAUAAUAUAACUGUUUCUUGUGGUUUGAGUUUAACUUAUUGGGGUGGGAGAGAUGGCUUUACCAAGUGAUCCACUUUGCAUUAUUGAAUGUACUUGUCACAAGCAGUUGACCUAAGAGACUUUUCAUGCUGAAGGUACUCUAUUGAAUAUGUAACUUUACAUAAACUAUGUGUGUAUAAAUAGAGGGGAAAGGGGGGGUUGUAACAUGUUAAUGUACAUUUGAACCUUAAAAAAUUAUGUGGUGCCUAUGUUUUUUCCUCAAACUUCAUUAUGAAGCUGUUACUGCUUUCAUCUAAGUGGAAAAACUUUUAAAGUUGUUCUCUCUAUCUCUCUCUCUAUUCCUGGCUUACAUGCAGGGUUCCAAUGUGCUGGACCAAAACCCUGACCUGUUCAGUUGAGAUGCUUCCCUGAACUUGUGGGGGAGGAUUCUAUUAGUGUAAGCUACUUCUGUUUACUUUUUUUAGUAGCUUGUGUUUUAAAUCCGGCAUGAACAUAAUCAGCCGUAUUGUCUUCUUUUACGUUAUGCCUUCACAGCUCUUUCUCCUGCAUAAGCUGACAUUUUCCAAAUACCUGUCCAACACACUAGACACAUAGAGAUUCUUGAAUUGUUGAAAAUAUUUAUUAUUAAACAAGUGUGUAGAAGGCAGUAUUUUUUUUUUCCCUGAGUGGCCCUGAUGCUCUUUGAAGGGUAGGAAAAGAACUUGGAAUUCGUAAUGGUAGGGAAAAUUAGUAUGUCACCCUUUUAGCUAGUGUAAUAAAUGGAACUAACAUUUUUAGAGUCUUCAGAAGGGAUUUGCUUAAAUUAUUUCUGUCUUGAAGAUGCAAAUGUUACAAUGUGUGUGCCUCAGAGACUGGAAUCAUUUGGUUUUGCUGAAAUUCUCCUAGCUUUAUUGAGAUACGAGUUGAGAAAUGUUACAGUGGUUUACGACCUUAAGAGAAAUCUUUAAAAAUGGACAAUUAAAUUCCUUAAAACACUUA